AUGUGCACAGAUAUCAAAGUUCUUGAAAGAAAUGACGGCGCACAGAUAAACGCUCUUCUCUACGAUCAUUCCCUGGUGCAUAUAGUUCUCGACACAAAGACAGAGCCAUCGUCAGUUAGAAAGCUCUCGAUAAACCAGUUGGGAAACAGUCAUAACACAUCCGUCAAAGUCUUUGUUAAUUCUAAGAAGGUGGACUUUGCAUAUGAACUUAUACUUGGAUAUGUUCUAGGCUGUGUGGGUGUCAAAGAGUAUGACUGCAAGGUUUAUUUAUUUGAUGACAUCGAUGACCUGUGUGUGUUGAAAAAUCUAGUGUUCGCAAUAGAUGAAAGGUUCAACAUAGGCCUGAAGCUUCUUUUGGAAAACAAUAGAAUGGCGAUUUCUCUGGGCAAGAGGACGAUCUAUGAAACAACUAUAAUAGUGUAG